UGGUAUAUAUAGCCAGACCAGCGACCAGAGGUCUCCUGGCAGCCAACAUGAAGGUCUUAGUCUCGCUCUGCGUCUUUGUGCCCCUGCUGGCACUGGCCACAGCAGAGGAGGAAGCUGUUUUGGAAUCCAUCCUGAGAGACAGAUCUCACAUCGAGGAAACUCUGAGGCUCGCAGCAGAUGAUAAAGCAGGAGAUUAUGCUGCUGCACUGCAGAGGCUGAGGAAGAUCUACCACAGCUCCAUCAGGCCCAUGGAGCAGGCCUACAAGUACAAUGAGCUGAGACAGCAUGAGAUCUCAGCCUAUCCUGGACGCACACUGGGGGACUCUGCCACAGAUGGAGAAAUCACCUCCAAACCCAUGGUGCUGUUCCUUGGACCCUGGAGUGUGGGCAAGUCCUCCAUGAUCAACUAUCUGUUGGGUCUUUUGGACACCCCAUACCAGCUGUACACAGGUGCUGAACCCACUACCUCAGAGUUUACCGUCAUCAUGCACGGCGAGAAGAUCCGCACCGUGGAGGGCAUCGUCAUGGCUGCCGACAGCUCUCGCUCCUUCUCCCCGCUGGAGAAGUUUGGCCAGAACUUUUUGGAGAAGCUGGUUGGCAUUGAGAUGCCCCAUAAGCUCCUGGAGAGGGUCACCUUCGUGGACACACCUGGAAUCAUUGAGAACCGCAAGCAGCAGGAGAGAGGUUACCCAUUCAACGAUGUGUGCCAGUGGUUUAUCGAUCGCGCAGACCUCAUUUUCGUGGUUUUCGAUCCCACCAAGCUGGACGUCGGUCUCGAAUUGGAGAUGCUCUUCCGGCAGCUGAAAGGUCGGGAGUCCCAGAUCCGUAUCAUCCUCAAUAAGGCCGACAGUUUGGUGACCCAGGACCUCAUGCGUGUCUACGGCGCUCUCUUCUGGAGUCUGGCGCCCCUCAUUAACGUGACCGAACCCCCACGUGUCUACGUCAGCUCUUUCUGGCCCUACGACUACGCCCCGGACACCAGCCGCGAGCUCUUCAAACGCGAGGAAGUAUCCUUGCUGGAAGACUUGAACCAGGUGAUCGAGAACCGUCUGGAGAACAAAAUCGCCUUCAUCCGCCAGCAUGGCAUCCGCGUUCGCAUUCACGCUCUCCUGGUGGACCGCUAUGUGCAGACCUUCAAGGACAAGAUGAGCUUCUUCAGCGACCCCGAGCUGGUCUUCAAAGAGAUCGUGGACGAUCCUGACAAGUUCUACAUUUUCAAGUCCAUCCUGGCCAAAACCAACGUCAGCAAGUUCGACCUGCCCAACCGAGACGCUUACCGCGACUUCUUCGGGAUCAACUCGGUGAGCAGCUUCAAGCAGCUGUCCGCUCAGUGCUCCUACAUGGGCGGUUGCCUCUUGGAGAAGAUCGAGCGCGCCAUCACCAACGAACUGCCCGCCCUGCUCGGCAGCAUCAACUCCGGGAAGAACCCAACCCUGUCCUCCUGUGAGGCCACCGGCUGUGGGGAAAAGCCCAAGAACCGCUACCGGCGAAACUGAGAGAAGAAAACCAGGCGGGAGGGAGACCGAGGAGGAGGACGAGAGAAGGAAAGGAGGGACGUGGAGCGAACAAACCGUGGAGGAGCAGUGGAGCUAAUCCUGUUCCUGCCAUGGGUCCGUUUCGAGUCAAUGGAGACGGAUCUCACGGGACUUUUUUUGCGUAAAGAGGUUGUGUGUGGGGGCGUUUGAGGGCAGGGGACUCUGGGAUUGGGUGGAGGGAGGGUCUUGUGAAGUCUUGAGGCGGAGUUUCUUGUGAAUGUGAGGAGAGCGCGCCAAAAUAGCUCUCCUCUCUUUCCGCACUACUUUUAUAAACUGUCUGCAGUUUUGGAGGGAAAAUGUGUACUCAUGGAAAAAAAAAAUGUCUGACACACUUAAAAAAUGUAAAAAAUAGCAAAAAUAAAAUAACCUGAGACUGAAAGUGGGUAUCAGCUGCCUUGAAUGUGAACAAAGCAACAUUGAUGCAACAAGAAAAAUGUAUACAGUUGUGCAUUUUUUUCCAGUGUCUUUUGGGUUGAUUUGUUCACCUUUAUAGGUUAGUGAAUGGAUGAUUAUUUAUCUCUCCUGAGAUAUUGAUAAGCUAUUAGCAUUUUUACAUUGCAUGUUAUGAGACAGAGAGGUUUGGUUUCUCUCACAUUUCCACUUAUCCACUUUGUAUACCACAAUAAAAACCAAUCUAUUUCCACAACUAACA